GGGUGUGUCAGAGUGUCUUAGGUUUGCAGGUAGUUUGGUUGAAGGAGCUCAUUUGUACGCCGGCGUUUAAUGAAAUUGCUCUCUCCAACAGACAACAAAUUCUGAAAGACGCUGGACCAGUUUUAGUGGGGAAUCCCCAGGGAGCCGCUGAAGAUUCUAGUAACUUAGGGGGACACACAACUUACAGCCACCAAGAUGUGUGACAUGGGGGGACUAGAUAACCUGGUGGCCAAUACGGCCUACCUAAAAGCCCAGGGUGGUGAUGACAAGGAGAUGAAAAAGCGGCGCCGCAGCUUGUCUCUCCCCACGCCUGAGCAAAGUACAUCAGUACGAGCUUCCAUUGACAAGGACUUCACAUCACUUUGUGAAAGGCAGCCUAUUGGCAAGAAGUUUUUCCGUCAAUUUCUGGCAAAUCAUCCCUCUUUCAAGCUCGCUGCUGAUUUUCUGGAUGAGCUGAAUGACUGGGAUCUGGCUGAAGGUGCAGUGAAAGACAAGGCACGGCAAGAAAUCAUCAAGAAGUACUGCAAGGCUGAAUCCAAGUCUUUCCUGUCAUUUCUUACCGGGGAACCUGCUGACAAAUGCAAGUCUGUGACAGAUGCCAACUUUGAUGAGGUGAUGAAAAGCAAAGUCCAGGAUGGUGUCAGGGAAUAUUUGAUGGCCCAGCCCUUCACCGAUUAUCAAGCCAGCCCUUUCUUUGAUAAAUUCCUCCAGUGGAAAGAGUAUGAGAAACAGACCAUCAGUGACAAAUACUUCUAUGAGUUCAGGACUCUGGGAAAAGGAGGAUUUGGAGAGGUAUGUGCUGUACAGGUGAAGCACACAGGACAGAUGUAUGCCUGUAAGAAGUUGUGUAAAAAGCGUCUGAAGAAGAAGGGCGGCGAGAAGAUGGCCCUGCUGGAGAAGCAGAUCCUAGAGAAGGUUAACAGCCUGUUCCUGGUCAACUUGGCCUACGCUUAUGACAGCAAGACCCAUUUGUGCCUUGUCAUGACCCUGAUGAAUGGAGGAGACCUCAAGUAUCACAUUUACCACAUGGGCUAUGAUGGAAAGGGAGUUGACAAGGGCAUUGAGAUGAAGCGCAUCAUCCACUACACGGCACAGAUCACCACAGGUAUUCUGCAUCUGCAUGCCAUGGAUAUCAUAUACCGCGAUAUGAAACCAGAGAACGUGUUGCUGGACAACCAAGGCCAGUGCCGACUCUCAGAUUUGGGUCUGGCCAUAGAGAUUCCUCCAGGGAAGACUGUCCACCAGAUGGCGGGCACUGGAGCGUACAUGGCCCCUGAGCUUCUGACCAAAACUGAAUACAGGACAUCGGUGGACUGGUGGGCGCUGGGCUGCAGUAUCUAUGAGAUGGUGGCUGGAUACACACCUUUCAAAGGCCCUGAUACUAAGAAGGACAAGGUGGAGAAGGAGGAGGUGCAGCGUCGCAUCCAAAACGAAGAGCCCAAGUUUGAGCACAGAUGCUUUGAUGCCAACACCAAGGACAUCAUCCAACAGUUCCUGAAGAAGAAGAUGGAUGAGCGCCUGGGCAUAAAGAACAACAUGGAGGAUCCCAGGAAACAUCCCUGGUUCAAGAGCAUCAACUUCCCUCGUCUGGAGGCCGGGCUGGUGCCUCCUCCCUGGGUUCCUAAGCCCAACGUGGUCUACGCCAAGGACACUGGCGACAUCGCUGAGUUCUCAGACGUUAAGGGCAUCGUGAUUGACCCCAAGGAUGAGAAAUUCUUCAAGGAGUUCAGCACAGGCGCUGUGGCCAUUCAGUGGCAGCAGGAAAUGAUCGAGACUGGACUGUUUGAUGAGCUCAAUGAUCCCAACAGAAAAGAGGGCGGAGGAGACAGUGAUGACGGAAAGAAGUCCGGCACAUGUAUAUUACUGUGAGCCAUGUUUGAUAUCACAUUCUAGUAAUAACUGUCAGUUAUUUGUUUGCUUUCUCAGGGCAGGUGCACGUCAGUGUUGAUGUGAAAGACGGAUCAUGUUUCAUGAAACAGGUGAGCGUGAGCAUCCAGCCCUGUCUGGAAAUGAUGCUCACGGUUUAUAGAUCUACAGUUUACGUUCAGUGAGUGAGAAUGAGGAAAAUGAGAUGGUGUAUUUUGAACCUCAUCUGUUUGGUUCACAACAUUUCUUGCAGAUGUACAUAUCUAAUGAUGUAGACUUGGACCAAUUGUAAGUAACUACGAGGAGUAAAUUGACACCCUUUUUGUAAAGGAUGAUAGUGUUGUGUGAAAAGUAAGUCAUGAAGAAACUGUGAAUUCAAAUGCGAUGCUGUUGCAUUCAGAAUUAAACUUUGAACAAAUUUAAACAAACAAAUCUUCCGACCAUGAGACUGUGCAGUUUACUGUGUAAAACUUUGUACUGUGUUAAAUUAAAAGGCAUUUUGUAGCUCUCAUACUGAUGCCAUCAGAAGGCCCCUCUGUUUCUACAACAACAUAAAAGUGCUGUUUAAACACACAUGGCAGAAAAAGAGUUGUAGUGACCUAAUUAAAUUAAAUCUGAUCAUUGCAUUUAUACUCAGGUGAUUUCUUUUCUUCUGUCCAUAAUUUUAGUUUUAUAAAAAUCAAUUUAAAAAAAGCUAUCUGUUUAUAAUGUGUUUAUAAGGGAAUGUAUUUAUAUUUAUGCACAGAGAUAAAUGAAGUAUAUCAAAGGGUUAAAAUUAGGAUUUGUUUAAAAGAAAAUGCAGAAUACUUGACACUUCUCCACUGAGUUCCUCUGCUGUUGGUGCUAUGAGGCACAACAUCAUGAGGAAAUGUAUUCUUUAUAGCAUGGGGAUGUUAGGAGAGAGGUGAGGGCAGUUUAUCGCUACAUAUGAAGGAGGAGAAUUUAGAGGAGUUGACCAGUAAAUUCCUGUACCAGGAAUGUGCAGGUUGUCCUGUUCACAGCCACAGAGGCACCGUGAUACUUCAGGGCUCUUCGUUUGAUGAGUAUGGAUCAAUUCAAGGAGUCCACGGCUGUGAUUAGAAAAUAAAGAUUAUAAUGUAGAGACUGGAUUAGUUCAAAAAUGAAGUGAAUGAAGUUUAUUCUUGUUAACUUGUCUCAGGGUGACGUAUUGCUCACAAAGUACAUUUCCAGAUCUGUUACAGUUAAUGUUAAUAUGAUUUAAAUAUACAUGCACCUGUAAAUAUAACGCGAGAGAAAUUGCUUCAAUAGAAAUGUCAGAUGUAAAGCAAAAAAACAAACAAUCCAUUGGACUUGAAUCAUUUGAACAAAUUAAAACAUUUAUUUUAAAACGUG